AUGCUCUGCUCGCCGCCGAGGAAGAUGAUGCCGCCGAAUCAGUGGAAGAAGAAAUUGUCGGAGAAGAUGGAGUCGGCGUCAAUGAGGAACAAGGAGGAGAAGAAGGAAAGGGAUGGCGAUUACACCUUCCCCUGCGAACUGUCUAUUACGCAGAAGAAGCCAUUAGGGGUAGACCCGCCAGCGGAGCGCGAGGCAGGGAUGAGAACGGCGAAGGAUUCAAGUUGGCCAUCGACGAGGGAACCCUCGAAGCCGACGAAGAAGAAGAUGGAGUCGUCGACGGGCAAAAUGGAGACAAUGACGAGCUUUAGGCCAGUCUCGCCGGAGGAGGAUUUGAAGAAGAAGAGGCACGGAGACGGAAUCCUACACUCGUCGAGGGAAGAGGGGAAGAUGGCGGCGAAUUCGGGCUGGCCGCCUGUCCUUCAACGGGACUGA